AUGUCCGUGUUCAUGGAAGUGUUUAACCACCUUGUUUUACCACCGCAGCUUCCUGGAAAACAGGAAACCAACAUUGAAAGCAUUGGUGAUGCCAUUAUUGUCCGACUUAUCCAGGCUACAUCUACACUCAGUCAACUCGCUAGUCAGGAACAGACACCUCCCUGGUAUGCGAUUCGUCAAUACCUUCGCCGCUGCCAAUGUCUUCAUAUAAAUGGUCGGCUCGAGAAGCGGACACUGAUCUCAACAUUUUGCAACUUCAAUCGGGAGCAACCACUUCUGCUGCAUAUCGCAGAACAAAACACCGCGCUUAUCGUUCGGUACAAUUCCAGUGCCCAAACAGAAGCUGUUGUUUUCGAAGCUUUCGAACUAUCGCCCCCAUCAGCCGAAGUGCUGGCCAGUGAAGGUGCUCUUAUCUGCGAUUUCCCUCAUUGUUCAGCGCAGAUACCAUCCGAAGAAUUUCGAAAGCCGUCGUUCCAGCACGCGCUUGCUGACUUUCUGGAAAAGGGCAGCAUGGAGCCCUUGAGAUGCUUUCAGCCACUUGUGACAAAAGCACAAACCCCAGUCGUCGAGUCGCGCGAUACAGCCAGUCCAGGGCUUAUAACUCAUCUUCUCAUACCCCUGCUCGAGUCGAUUGGGUCGCCGGUAGACGAAGAUGUUACUCGCUUGAGAAAACGUGUUCGUGAUGAUGCAAACAUCGAGGCUGCGGAGCUCCCAUGGCGGAGAUUGCCUCUCUGGAUUGCACUGCGCAUUGGGAUUCAAAGACAACUACAACUCUCGCUAGGGAACAAAGCUGGGAGAGCUCACUACAAGUUUUUGAUCGUCACUGUACUUGUCGAGAUUCUACUCGAAUGCCCCGGAAAACUGGCACCCGAGCUGACAAUGACCCUGCGAGCCAAAAUCUGUCGUCGUCUUGCAAAACUUGAGCAAGAGAAGAAUAGGAUGCCGGAAAUGUACGGCCAACUAUUCAACGCUACUACAGAAUUCUUCAAGAAGAGCAUCAUGCAAGCCACGCAGCUAGUGAAUUUAGCUUGGGAGAAAUUCAAACGAGAGACGACACGGCCUAUUCCUGUGCUCCCCACACGUGCUGACCAGCAAGCACAAUUUCUGUCUCUUCCCAACAGUAGAUCAUACCUUCAAAGCGUUUUGGAGUCACCUCAUUCACAAAAGAAACCCCCCCGAUCUUUGCAGCUUCCAUCGCUACAUGAUACCACGAUUGAGCGAGUUGAGCGGUUCACUGAUAUGUAUCAUCGAUUGGCUGAGUUGGAGUGCAACAUCGAAACAAGAGAAGAACCCAAGAUAAGCAAAGACUUUACUCUCGAAUCUUUUUGCGAAAAACUAUCGGGUGCAAUGCUCGGUCUCAUGAACAGUGUUGGGGCAGCGUACGACUCCGACCCCGAGCAAAUGUCCGUCUUCAUCUUAAGUCUUUUCACACUUUGGGUGAGACUAGACAAGUACAUCACCAAUAUUUUCCCUAUGAUCCUGGAGUACCACCCAGUGUUCACUCCUGAGCUCUUAGAUGCCCUGCAUUUACCGACAGCCGCGGGAAUGCGGCGACUUCGUGACAUCCAGAGCUAUAUUCACAACAGAUGCGAAGGAUGUAAGUAUCAGACAACUAUAUUCGCCGAGCCUAAAAAGAAUUGCUUUGUGGUAAGAUACUUUUCGACUUCGAAAUCGAUGCAACAACUCCAUCAAAGCAUACAACAGGCAUCGGAGGUAUCACGCCAGGCGAAGACAUCAGAGUUAGAGAAGUGGUGGUCUGAGUUUGAUGAACAUUCUUUGGGCAUCUCUGGGGGCACAUGUACUUGCACAUUUAAGCGCGAUGGGACGCGAGACGUAAGGGGAUGUACCAAAUGCUGGCAUUGGCGAGUUCGGAACCGCAUGCAGAUCUAUGCGCACGAGGAUUUCCUUCCUAGCGAUCCCAUCAAAUCAGCCGCAGUCAUUUUCGAGUUGAGUAUUCCAAGAUCUUUUGUUGCAUAUCGCAACGCAACAUGGAAGAUAUUGAUGUUGGCUUACCCUAGCAAACCGCAAUCCGGAUCACCCACAAUACUCUUGAGAGACUACGACCCGCUCACAAAAUAUGCGUCGAGACAAUCCACCGGUGUCACUAUUGCAUCGACAUCUAAAUCAUUUCGUGGCACACAUUACAAAGUUGGUAAGAAGAAGAUGAAGGCAUCCGAAUCCGAUGUUCUUUAUCCCAAUGGAUUAAAUUUCUCGUACUUCGAUACGGUUUCGAAGACCUGGAUCAAGGACUUCGACAGACCAUUGACCUUCCAACAUGAGUGCGGAGUACAUGUACCACCUGGGCUUUGCAGCUUGCUCAUACCAAGCUCGUCGCACCCUCCCACUGUGAUAACUGGGCCGUCUUCAUAUGAAAUCGUCGCAUCGGAAACGCAGUGUCCAUCUGACAUGUCCUUACAUGAAUUCACGGCCUAUCAACGGUUGCUUUCCGGCAAGACUCGCCGAUGGCUUACGAUGUUGGUCGAAUUAGGCGCGUCGAAUGUGAACUUCAGCAGCGAGAGCACAAUGCACAUAUUCAAUCACCUUGCUACUCAAGCUGGACCGGCAAAUGAUAAGUACGAUACAUUCGGCGACAUCCAUGCGGUCUUCAAGGAUAUGUCAUUUUGUGACUGCCUAGCCGCACAAGUAGAAACACGCCUCAACAACAUUACGUCGAACUGGCGUGAGGUUCAUUGCAUGGAGGCCAUGGUCACGUUAGUUCUGCGCCUUUGCGAAUUGGCGGCCCCCAUGGUGCGAGCGAACGAACUUCUGGUUAAGGCACGUUGUAUCACCUUAGCUUGGAUUACCCGUCUUCGGGCCGAUGUUAGAAAUGCCAAAGAGACUUCUGUCGCCGAAACAGCCGCUAAAUACGCUUUUUGGGCUGCACUUCUCUGCCGCAGGACAUUCUUUAACAUCAAAGAAUCAGAUGAUGUCAUGUCAGAGAAUGAUCUGUCUACAUUUGCCCAAGCAUCAUUAGCUCUUCAAGAAAACCUCCUUGUGGAUGUGGCCAAGCUACCACCGAUCCUGAAGAGGAUGUUGAUUCGAGAUACCAAAACAACGUACAAGAUCAAACCACUCUUACUACAGUCUACAAAAGCUCAUCCUCAAAGUGUUGGCAUGGCGAUCAACAUAUCGUGGUCAGAACCAGGGAGUUCAGCAGGGAAAUCCUUCAGUAAUUGGCGGCAAGUCUCACCCAUACACGACCGAUGGGUAGUAAGUACUAUGGCAUCUUCGACGAAGAGCCCAGCAAACGCACAAGUAGUCCACUACAACUUUACGGAAGGUCACUUACUGGUCGAUGGCAAGCCCUUAGGAAGACUUCCACGCGAUUUUCGAGAGUCAGAUGAUGUGAAACAACUCUUUGGUAAUCAGCAUCUCCUCACAUUCCCAUCCGCUGAGUUUGGCAUGUCGUACGUCCUCGCGUUGCGUAUAAGAAAUCACGAGAUACACUUUGGUUCUCGGAAUGGGCGAGUCAUCAUCCGUGCUUGGAGUCGGGAUGGGCUGCAGGAAUACAUUCCAUCUCGUCUUUUCGUCAGAACCGAGACUGUCGACCUUCCCGAUGGACUCGUCUCCAAUUGUGCGCAUUGGUUGAAUCUAAACACAAGGUGUCUUGAGAUCCGACGCAAACCUUUCCUGUGGAAGACAAGAGCAAGCGACUGGAAGAUUGAUCUUAUCAAAUGGCAAGCUCAUCGAAGCAAUCGAACGUUGCUAAUCGAUCCUAAUUCAUCUCUCUCCAAGCAGGUUGCUGACGUCUUUCGUGGUUUUGAAGACCCACACAAGAUUACCGUUUUUCAGCCCAUCAAUUCAAGGGGAAAGUUAUCUGUGGAACUUCGCCAUUUGGAACUGUCAUUCUUCGUGAACCAAAAGGGGCUUCUCCAAUGUCGAGAGCUGAACGAAGAGAUCGAUCCCAAUCAAGAUGCUGGCACACUGUACGGUUUCCAGAGUAAAAUCGUGCUGCGUGACGUCGCAAACAAUAAACGUCGCAGCAUAAUAGCACCAUGUGGACCAAUUUCUGCUACACGGCAUGGGAUGCACGUGGCCGUUCGAGCAGCUACUAGCACUGAUUAUGCAAAGUUGGGAAUUGAUGAUGUACUUGGACGCUUAUCGUGCCCUCCUGAGCCCCGACUUUUAUACUCAAAAGCUCAGUUUCAUGCGUAUACAUCAUUCGCUAUACCUGAUCCUUUGACUGGCCGCACAGGCACCGAAGAAGCGUUGCACAUGCUCCAAUCGGGUUAUUGCCAACCAUGGGAACCGUUGGCUGGAGGAUCACUCAAUGUUCUCAAAUCAAUUUCAGACCUUAGUCCAAAGCGUGAAUACUAUCCGCAAGACAAGAAAGCACUGCAAAAUGUGUCCUGGAAUGCAAGGCUUACCAUGGCCAUCCAACAUGAUGCCUACGAAGGGCUUGUGCAGAAAAUACUCGACAAGUCGGACCAUCUUCGGGUCUUUGCUCAAAAUGCAGUGGACGGUGUAAACAUUAGCACAUACGUCCCGUCUCACCUUAGGGAACGGGGCCUUGCGCAGCGCCGCAUCUAUGAGCGCAAUGUCGAAGAUACAACUCGGGCAGCAGCUGAUGAUCGGAUGUACAAAUCUCGUGGCCAGCAAGCCAAUUCAGUACAAGCACGCAAAGUUUAUCACAUAACAAACCUUUUCCAGAAGAAUCCCUUUCAAGUCCACACGGAUCGAGAACUUUCUACAAUAUUGCAGGAUUGGCAGCUCAUCGGUGGGUUUCAUGGGAUACGUCGGCACGACGCUGCGAGCCUGAGCGACCUGGUUGAGAUGAAUGUCGAUGAACAAUGGGGCAGUCUUGUGAAUAUCUGUCGCCAUUCCAGUCUUGAAGAACCCUACAGUUUGAUGUUUCGCCUAAGUCUCAUGUCGCUUAACCCCACAACCGACCUAAACACCAUCAAGAUCCUGGCAGCGUUUGCGUCUCUGCCGACGUUGAGAGACCUAAUACCUCCAUCCUGUCCUUCAUUCAACCAGUUCAGGCUUAACGAAGUGCCCAGCAUACAAUCCAUCUUCCAUGUAAUCUCUGUCGAUUUACCGGAGAAGCGUCAGCGGAUGCAGACAAGGGCUGAAGCAGAACAUCGAAAGGCAUGUGAAGCUGAGGGGAAACGAUUAGCGCAACACUUCCUUAGCCAAUGGCCAAAUCGAAAAGUUGCUCUGGACGGGUUCGAUUCGGACGUCCUUGAUGUAGGGCUCGCAAUGGAGCGUGUCGUCCCUGAGUGGGAGCGCUUGCACUCAAACGCAUCCCUUUCAGAGUACAUAGUUCAUGUGCAGAAUGAAUUGCGGUGUCACAAGGGACAGAUUGAUACGUCACAUCCAAAAGCUUGGGAUUGGGAGCAAGAACCAUUCUAUGGAAAAACACAUGAUCCUGUUAUACCGUCUGUCUCGAGGGAUCUUCUUAGUAAAGCGCUAACGUUACCUUUCGGACGCCAGGUGUGCGAGCUCCCACUCCCCAGUGACACUAAAUUUUCUACCGAUAUGAAGGAGAACACGGUAGCAAGGAUAUCAGGUAAGGAGACUGUUGAGCUACGGCAGAUUCUUUCCAAUUUUGCGCAAGUAUCAAAUCCUAUCCGCCAACAGUAUGGGCUUGAUUUGAAGAUGAGCCUUGACGCCCUGGAGAAAACCAGUAAUCAGACUCACGUUUCGCAUACCACCCCGAAUAUUACAGUCAACGCAAAAUGCAUCGACAGUCUUCGUACUAUGGUAGCCACUCACUUGUCUCGGAUUCAUGGAGCUUUAUCUGAAAAUGAUGACCGCUUCCCGUGGUUAAACCUUGGAAACCUCUGGCCUUGCACAACGUCGAUCGCGCUUUUAGAGCAACUGCGCUCGAGCUCGUCUUGCAAGUUUGGGGAUUGUGUACGGGAGGCGGUUGUGUCGCAUGGUAUUCUAAUCACAAAGUUGCAGCGACUGAUGCGGAUUCAAAACGCGCUGUAUCAUGGCAAGGACAAGAACCUCCAAGAAGAGCUUGGAAACUCCGGUCAUGAGAAUUGGAGUCCACUGGAACGGUCUGACUGGCUUCUCUUAGAGAUUGAUAGUGACAUUUUGAUCCGGCGGGAGCAGGUUGAUGUUGCACAUGCAAUCAUUGCACCAGAAUCGAGGGACAACACGGUGUUGCAGUUGAACAUGGGUAAAGGUAAGACAUCGUGUAUUGUUCCCAUGGCAAUGGCGGUCAUAGGAGACGGCAAGCAGCUCUCACGUCUUAUCGUACCAAAACCAUUGCUUUUGCCGACUGCACAAAUGAUUCAGUCGCGAUUGGGCGGCUUAGUCGGUCGCGAGAUACGACACAUUCCUUUCUCUCGCAGGACUAACAUCAACCCGCAAACACUUCAGCUCUAUAGAGACCUCCAUAGGGGAAUCUUGGACAGUCGGGGUGUUGUGUUGAUUGCGCCCGAACACCUUCUCUCCUAUAAGCUUAGUGGCCUUCAACAUCUUACCAGCUCUAACCUGGAGAUUGCACGCGAGAUGGUUGAGUUCCAGGCCUACCUCAGCUCGAUUUGUCGGGACAUUCUGGACGAAUCGGAUGUUUCAUUGGCAGUAAAGACUCAACUCAUCUAUCCGAACGGCAAGCAGACUACAGUAGAUGGACACCCAUACCGCUGGAAAGUGGCGCAAUCGCUGCUAUCACUCGUGAAAGAUCGUCUUCCAGAGCUUGAGCGGGAAUUUCCGCGCAAAAUCGAAGUCCUGAAGCGUGGUCAGGGUUAUCCGAUGAUAUACAUCCUUCAAGCAGAUGUAGAGGAGUACCUGCACCAAAGCAUUGUCGAUGAGAUCUGUACUGGAAGGACAUCAUUUCUUCGCUUCGCAGACCGUGCUUGGGAUAGCUUCGAAGUGAACCUGCGUAGUGUGCUCUUUGAAGAGAACCUGGAUAAUGAGCUGUUGGAGCGUGUGGCUAAAUUGUUCACCGACGAGAAUAUUGCGCUCAAAACGCUAUUGCUUGUUCGCGGUCUGUUGCGCAAUCGAAUACUGCUUUUCUGUCUCAGAAAGCGCUGGAACGUACAGUAUGGGUUGCACCCUAAGCGAGAUCCGAUGGCAGUGCCCUUCGAGGCAAAAGGUAUCCCUUCCGAGCAGGCUGAAUUCGGGCACCCUGACGCAGCGAUCCUUCUCACAUGCUUGGCUUUCUACUACACUGGUCUCAGCCUGAUUCAAUUCCGCGAAGCUCUUCGUCAUAUUCUGGCAUCACAAGACCCUGCUAGCGAAUACGACAGAUGGACUAGCACCUGCGAUUCGCUUCCGGAGGCUUUGCAUCAUUGGAACGUUAUCAAUCCCGAUGACCAUGAUCAGGUAGAUGAACUCUGGAGGCAUCUUCGAAUGGACAAAAUCGUGCUCGACCACUACAUGAACCACUUUGUAUUUCCCGCGCACGCCAAACAGUUCGACAUCAAGCUUCAGGCUUCGGGAUGGGACCUGCCCUUGUUCCCGCGAACAGAAUUCGGCAAGACACUCACACGUGCCAGGACUACUGGGUUUAGCGGCACUAACGACAAUAAAAUGAUGUUGCCGCUGACUAUCCAGCAGAAUGAUCUGCCAAGUUUGCAUCAAACGAACGCUGAGGUACUUACCUACUUAUUGCAAGAGCAAAACCGUGCAUAUCACCUUGUAGCUCGUGCCGGAAAGCGACUAUCCGAGACAGAAUUCCUUGCACAACUCAGGGAUAAGAGGAUUCGCAUUCUCAUUGAUGCCAGUGCUUACAUACUCGAGAUGAGCAACGAAGACUUGGUCAAGGCGUGGAUGGAUAUAGAUACUCAGCCACCAGCAGCUGUGUAUUUUGGUGCUGACAAUCGAGCCUGGGUGCGAUACCGUGGUACCAAGGCGCGAGUCCCCCUGCUAGCAACCCCAUUUGUCGACAAUCUAGACAACUGUCUCGUGUACCUGGAUGAAUCGCAUACACGAGGCGUAGAUCUAAAACUGCCUCAAUACGUUUGCGGUGCGCUGACACUUGCUCUUGGGCAGACCAAGGAUCAUACUGUGCAGGCUGCUAUGCGCCUUCGGCAGCUCGCAACUACUCAAUCCAUUUGCUUCUUUGCAUUUCCAGAAACUCAUCAGUCUAUCCUUGACGUUUGUGGAGUGAACAAAGACGAUAAAGUCAACUCUUCCCAUGUCGUUAGGUGGUUGUUAGAACAAACGUGCCGUGCGAAUGAACAGCUCCAAAAUCUAUACGUCUCCCAAGGUACCGACUUUUGUAACCGAGUAAAUGCAGAAUGGGAGAACGCAGCUUUUCUCUCUAAUGCUCAAGACAGGACUGCAUAUGUUAGGGUGCUUCAGCAUCCUGAACAGCAAACAUUGGAGCAGCUAUAUGGAGGCUGCACGAAAGAUAUCCAUGGCCCAUCCUCUUUUACGACCAUGUUUCCGCAGCUCGAGACUUUCAAGAACAAGCUCAACCACCUGCGUCUGGGUAUGUCGAGCACCGCAAAUAUCCUUUACUCCUCUGCGCUGGAGGAAGUAGAACAAGAACGCGAGGUGGAAUUUCAAGUUGAAGAAGUGCGUGAGGUACAGAAAGCCUUACAUUACAAAGCCCAUGCGUUCCCCGGAGUUCAUCCUGCCAUCUUUAGUUUUGUGAGUACUGGUCAUUUGUGUGGAGACGUGGGGUAUGAACACGUGUUUGAUGCUGUUUCACGCACGUCUAUCGGCGAGAGAUUUGGCGUUAAAGGAACAGAAUCCCGCUUGUUUGUUUCGGUGGAGUUCAUGAGAACAAUCAAUACGGACAAGGGUGGCUUGAUUGAUAACUUUCUACGUCCUGUUGAAUGGAUUCUUUACAGUCCCGUCACCUUCGACGCACUCAUCGUCAUCGCCGAGGAAGCAGAGGUUUUGAUUCCUCAGAUUCGCACUCAAGCAUUCCCCCCCAAAGUACAUCUCCUCACGUACUCAGCGCCAGCCACAAAGAAGAUGCUACAAUUCAGUGACCUACAAUACUACUCCGUGCCGGCACUUGAAGGCGGACACAUCAUUCCGCAAAGCCUCACCGUUGAGCUUGGCAUCUUCGCAGGUCGGUUGUACAUGAAAUACGAGGAAUGUGUGUCUCUAGUGAAUUACAUCAAUGACGCCAGCAUAAAUGGGCGAUUUGAUGCAACGACGACCGAAACAAUCAGCUUUAUCCUUGAGUGGGUUGCCCUCCGCCGCAGAGGUCAAGACAUUACGCACACUCCGCUUGGCUACGUGUGCCAGGGUCGUCCAUUAGGUAUCGAGCAUGCCUAG